GACGGUUCAGACUGAGGAGGAGGAGGAGGAGGAGUUUCGGUGCAGCUUCAUCAGUAAACAGUCAGUCAGCAGCGGUCGGUAACGCAUAAGGACGGUGACAUGAUGAAGAUGAUGAUGAUGACGCUGCUUCUUCAGCGCUGCGGUCAUGUGACUUCUCGUGGUGAACGGGCAGGCAGCGCUGAGCGAGCUUCUAACACACUGCAGGUCUGAGGCAAAGCAUCAUGGGAGAUGGAGGACCCCUGCAGACCGAGGGGAACGCCCUCCUCAAAGCCGUCUUCCAGGGGAAGCUAAGACUUACCCGCCUGCUGCUGGAGGGCGGGGCUUACAUCAACGAGGGCAACGAGCGCGGAGAGACUCCCAUCUCCGCCGCCUGCAUAGCGAGCUACGAUGACCCGCAGACCCGGCAGAGGAUGGUCAGGUACCUGCUGGAGAAAGGUGCCGACCCCAACAUCCCUGACAAGGGCGGAAGGACGGCGUUGAUGCAUGCCUGUGCGGAGCAGGCCGGGAAGGUGGUGGUCUCGCUGCUGUUAGAGAACGGAGCUGAUCCAAGCCUCAAAGACUACUCUGGAUCCUCUGCCCUCGUGCACGCCAUCAACAAAGGAGACCGGGACACUCUGCAGGUGCUGUUAGAUGCCUGCAAGGCCAAAGGCAAGGAGGUCAUCAUCAUCACCACCGACACGUCUCCUUCAGGCACCAAGAAGACCAAGCAGUACCUGAACUCCCCUCCCUCACCCGGCGUCGUGGACAAGCUGUCUCCGGCGUGCAUGUCUCCCUCUGAGGUCGAGAUCGGCACCUCGUCACCAGCAGGAGACACCGGCAGAGACCAGGAGGGGAUCUUCAGCUUUGCACUCACUUCAGCUUUACCUUUACCUUCAGCCCGACCUCCAGGAGAAAAGAGACCGCCACCUCGAAAGCUCCUGAAGAGGCUGAACUCAGAGCCGUGGGGCUUGGUGGCACCCUCGGUGCUGAGUGGCGUUCCUCAGGCUGAUGGAGGUCUGGAAGAGGAGGGCAGCAGCGAACUGAGCAGGACCAUCACUCAGAUGAAUGGCAUAUCCAUCACAGAACCGGUGAGACCUCUGUUAUCACGGCGGCACAGCAUCGAGACCCAUGACCCCUCUUCCCCCAAACUCAUGGACCGGUCCUGCUCCGAGGACUGCACAGCCAUCUCUGGAUCCUCCUGGGCGGACAAAGUCCAGCAGCACCAGAUCCUGUACCGCAGGAACACUGCUCCAGAGUCCCAGGAGAACAGCGGGGGACCUGGGGUGGUUGUGACCCGGGCCCUGGCUCACCCCAAACUGACCAGGAUGGAGCACUAUGAGUCAGAGACCCACCUGGCCCCAGAGUCCAUCCCCGGUUCCCCAGACUCUGGUCGAAUGUCCGUGGAGAGGAGGAGGUACAACGCCUCCCCCCUGUCCCUGGUCACCAGUUCGUCCAGAGAGUCCCUCGAGAACAUCCCAAACUCUGUGUCCCCCAUUACCAUGAGACGGCGUCCUCCGGGACUCCUGGAGCGCCGGGGCUCUGGGACCCUCCUGUUGGACCACAUCUCCCACACACGGCCCGGCUUCCUGCCGCCACUUAACAUCAACCCCCAGAGACCCAUCCCCGACAUCCGAGCCAAUGGCAGGCCCACCUCCCCCAUCCACACCGGACACAAGAUCCUGGUCCCUGUGGCCCCUACCUCGCCGAAACGAGGUCUGGACUUCAAGCUGAAGAAGAAGCUGAUGAGGAGGCAUUCGAUGCAGACUGAACAGAUGAAACAGCUCUCCACCUUCCAAGAGAUCCUGGCAGAGAAGGUCAUCGAGUCCAAUGGAGACUGAUGUCAGAGUGAACCAUGAUGGGUAACUGCAGAGACCUGUCAGGUGGCAGUGAAGCUUCAGAUUAUCAUUUCCUAAUAAAGACCAAAACCACAUUAUGGUCAUUAUGAAGGGCUGCACCAACAACUGAGCCAGUUUGAGUUUUUCAACAGAUUAAAGUUAAUCUGGAUUAAAGCUUCCUGGGUCCACAAACAGACCAUCAGGACUUCCUGUUUACAGUUAGAAAACAAAGAAACAGAAACUGUCUGUGGCUCAGCUUGCUAGCCCCUUAGAAAUGCUUGCAUUGAAGUGUCAGCUAGCACUGUUAUCCUCCUCACUUAUCAGGUGAUUAAUCAACACCUGAGCUGCAGGUUGAAACCAGAACAAACUGAGUUCAAAUAUUUUGAAACUGAACAAAUUCAUUAAACAUCAGCUCAGUUUUGAUCAACAGUUUAGCUUUACUCGCUAACAUUUAUGCUGCAUGUUUUAUUUACUCAGAAAAUAUCAAAAUAAAAGUUUGUUUCAGUUUGAGACAAAGUGUUCCCCUGCUGCUCGAGCUAACCAUGCUAACUGAACUUCCUGUCCAUUGAUUUAGGGUUAGGGGACAAUGAUAACAAAUGUUGAUUGAUAUCAUUCAUAGUUUCUGCUGUACAAACACCGAACUCUGAGUUCAACCAUUUUUAAAGAAACCACGUGACCUCAGUGAUGAGUCAUGAACAGGAAACAGAUUCCUGAAUGAUUGACGUGAGGAUGUUCACAUAUUUCACACUCAUCAGGAUACCAUUACAAUGGCCCAGAAUGGUUUAACUGGUUCAACUGAUUAGACUAUUUCGACUGGUUUAACUGGUUUGACUGGUAAGGCUUGUUAGACUGGUUAAACUGACAAGGCUGGUUAAACUAACUAGGCUUGUAAGACUGGUUAAACUGGAUGGACUGGUUGCACUGGUAAGGCUGGACUAAACUGGUUCAAAUAGUUAGGCUACUUAGACUGGUUAAACUGGUUAGGCUUCUUAAAUUGGUUAAACUGGUUAGGCUGGUUAGACUGGUUGGACUGGUUAAACUGGUAAGGUUGGUUAAACUGGCUAGGCUUGGAAGACUGGUUAAACUGGAUGGACUGGUUGCACUGGUAAGGCUGGACUAAACUGGUUCAAAUGGUUAGGCUACGUAGACUGGUUAAACUGGUUAAACUGGUUAAACUAGAUAAGCUGGUUGGACUGGUUAAACUGGUAAGGCUGGUUAGACUGGUUAAACUGGUUAGACUGGUACUCAGGUACAAACUCAUUAGCUCAGCUGAUUGUUUGUUUAUCAGAGGGAUGAACCUGAUUGGUCGGUUGGAUGGGAUCAAUCUGGGUUAUUAAAGUUUCAUCAUAAAGAAUCUUUUUCACAGAAUGGAUGAAUUCUUGUUCCUUCUGCUGCAGCUAUCCUGCUUCCUCUCAAGGUGCAUUCUGGGUAAAAUUAGUUCCAUAGAUCCUGAUGUAUUCUCCAAACCUUCCAUGAUUGGUUCAAACCUGAACAGAGAAUGUGGACAUGUUCGAUGUUUACAGACGCAAUAUUUGCACUGAGGUCGAGUUGAUGUGACGAAAAAAACAUGAACCUGCUGCUGAACUCUGACCAAUCAGAGGCCUGAAACUCACCAAGAGUCAUGGAUGAAGAGUCAUUAAUGAAGAGUCAUUUUUGCAGAGUCAUGUCUGAAGACUCAUUAAUGAAGAGUCAUUUCUGAAGAAUCGUUUAUUAAGUCAUUUCUGAAAGGUGUGACACUACCUGCUGCGCUGUAUAUUCUGUGGUUCAUAUAGUGCUUGAUAUUUCUGUAAUAUGAAAGUAAAUCUGUUUACACUGAUUUUCAAAUUAAAAGGCUUGUUUAUUUUUAGCACUGAAUGUUUAUGAAAUGAUCCAUUAAAUUCUGUUGAUGAACAAG